AUGGCCACGCCGAUCUCACACGAGAAAAAGUUCAGCAUGGGCCUCGCCGAGGAGAUAUUCAGCAUCGAGAACUGGGUGAUCACCACCCGACGCAGUCACAUUCUCAACUCAAAGUGCACCAGUCCGGCGGUGUGCGACGCAACUCGACUCAAGUAUCGCCCGGCUGAUCAGCCACCUUCAGCCGAGAAGGUGACAGCUGCCGAUGACGACACUUCCAAAGGUAGUGCUGCUCCUGCUGGUGGUGAUGAUCAGCAGCAGCCGGCGCAUUCUUCACUGCAACAGUUUGGCGGCGCCGAGCAUGGAACGCCGCGAAAGACGCUCGAGCAGGUGAAGCAACUUAAGGCGACCAUCUACGGUGAGCCGAAACUGUGCCUCUUCUGCAAGUUUGACCUGAUCCUCGAGAUGGCCCACUUUCCCGACAUGACCUACGCGCAGAACGUCCUCGAGCUGCGCCACCGACCAUCAGGACUGGUGGUGGAGUUCAACGUGCUCGACUCGCUCAUUCCCGUCAUCGUCAACUGCACCGGUCUGCCCACCGGCAUGAAGGUGUCACCCUCGGAAGCCUGGCUCCGGGCGCGACUCGACUGCGAGUACACGAAGAACGUCAUGAACGCCGACUUUGACUGGACAUUCACCACCGACUACGAGGGAUCCUACAGUUUAAGCAGCUCCACUUUGCCUGCCGCCUUCACCCAGCCGACCACGGAGCGCAUUGACAUUGAGAAGCUGAAGGUUCGCGACACGAUUCACUUCUACGAAGAGGUGGACCUCUUUGAGGACGAGCUGGCCGACCACGGCAUCGCCAAGUGCAAUGUGAAGAUCCGCGUCAUGCCGGACUCCUUUUUCGUCCUGCUGCGAUUCUUUCUGCGCGUGGACAACGUCUUUGUGCGCUUCCACGACACGCGAAUGUACCACGAGUUCGGGAAGCCGUACCUCCUCCGAGAGGUGACCCGCCGCGAGGCGCCCAUUCCGGAGCUGGCGCUGAAGGAGGACGAAGCGCCGCACCUGCUGGUGUCGCCUGCCGAGCUGUACAGCCACGUACCGGAGCUGUCGCUGCGGGUCGAGAAAAUCAUGCUAUCAGAAGGAGGCGCAGCAGCAGGAGGAAGUGACAAAUGA